AGAUGAGUGGUUAUGAGGAGGAAGAGGACAGAGCCGAGUCUCCAGGGUUCAGCUGUGUGUCUCUGAAGAGUGACCAUUCCAUGUAUCCUCCUCCACUCUUCAGUAAAGAACCUGGACCCUCACACACAAAAGGUCAGGACCAGAGACUGAGAGCAGAGUCUCCAGGGUCCAGCUGUCUGUCUCUGAAGAGUAACCAUUCCAUGUAUCCUCCUCCACUCUUCAGUAAUGAACCUGGACCCUCACACACAAAAGGUCAGGACCACAGACUGAGAGCAGAGUCUCCAGGGUCCAGCUGUCUGUCUCUGAAGAGUAACCAUUCCAUGUAUCCUCCUCCACUCUUCAGUAAUGAACCUGGACCUUCACACACAGAGAAGAGGAAGAGGAGUCAUGUUUCUGAGGAGGAGCAGUCGUCCUGCUGUGCUUCGUGUCAGGACGUCCUGAAGGAUCCAGUCUCCACCAGCUGUGGACACUGGUUCUGCAGACAGUGCAUCACCUCAUACUGGGACCAGUCUGGUUCUUCAGGAGACUCCUCCUGUCCCCAGUGUGGAAAAAGAUCUAGAACAGGAGCUGGAGCAGAUCGUGGUCUGCAGGAGGUUUCAGAUGAACAUCAGCUCAGCCUGAGGAGGAGAUGUGAACAUGUGACUGAAGGAAGUGAUGCAACAGGAAGUAGAACCCUCCUCAACAGGAUCUACACUGAGCUCUACAUCACAGAGGGACAGAGUGAAGAGGUUAAUACUCAACAUGAGGUGAGGCAGCUUGAGACGGCUUCCAAGAUGAAGAUCCUCCACGACACUCCCAUCAGGUGCCACGACAUCUUUAAAGCCUCCACUGACCAGCAGAGACGCAUCAGAGUCGUCCUGACCAACGGCGUCGCUGGCGUUGGAAAAACCUUCUCGGUGCAGAAGUUCACUCUGGACUGGGCAGAGGGUUUAGAGAACCAGGAUGUGGGUCUGCUGACUGUGCUUUCGUUCAGGGAGCUGAACCUGGUGAAGGACCAGCAGCACAGUCUCCUCACGCUGCUCCGUGUUUUCCAUCCAGCGUUACAGAAGCUCACGGCAGAGACGCUCGCUGUCUGUAAACCUUUGUUCAUCUUUGACGGCCUGGAUGAAAGCAGACCUUCUCUGGACUUCAACCACAGGGAGCUUGUGUCUGAGGUCACACAGAGGUCAUCAGUCAACGUGCUGCUGACAAACCUCAUCCGAGGGAAUCUGCUUCCCUCAGCUCUCGUCUGGAUAACCUCCAGACCUGCGGCGGCCAAUCAGAUCCCUCCUGCAUGUGUUGACAGGGUCACAGAAGUACGAGGCUUCACUGACGCCCAGAAGGAGGAAUACUUCAGGAGGAGAUUCAGUGAUGAAGAGCUGUGCAGCAGAAUCAUCUCACACAUCAAGACGUCCAGGAGCCUCCACAUCAUGUGUCAAAUCCCAGUCUUCUGCUGGAUUAGUGCUACAGUUCUGGAGCACAUGUUGACCACAGAGCAGAGAGGAGAGCUGCCCAAGACCCUGACUGACCUGUACUCACACUUCCUGCUGGUUCAGACAAAGAGGAAGAACAACAAGUACGGUAAGAAGAGGGCUGACAGGGACGUUCUCCUGAAGCUGGGGAGGCUGGCACUUAAACAUCUGGAGGAAGGAAACAUCAUGUUCUACCAAGAAGACCUGGAGAGGUGUGGUCUUAAUGUCACAGAGGCCUCGGUGUACUCAGGAGUUUGUACUGAGAUCUUCAGAAGAGAGAGUGUGAUCUUCCAGAAAUCAGUCUACUGCUUUGUUCAUCUGAGCGUUCAGGAGUUCCUGGCUAUUUGA